GACGCGCGGUCCCGCGGAAGCGCCCCGGGGCCGGGCUGUCUGGGCGCCAGCGUUGGGAGGCCUGCUUGCUUCCCCACCACGACUCCUCCACCUGGGCGAAGGCCUGUCUCGGGUCUGGGCGUGGGCCGGUAGCCACUCUGGGCCCACCCCCGGAGGGUCCAGUUUCCUAGUGUAGAUUCCCGAGGGCCGGGCGGGAAGGGGGCGAGCUUCCCAGGAGGGCUGGCCUACUGAUUGAUGCCAGGAGCUCUGGACCACAAGCCAGAGGCUUCACCCACAGAGGUGUAGGAGCAACCUUGAAGUUGCACAGCAAGGCGGGAACCCUGGCUGUUAGGCCAGCGGGGACUGAGCUGUCUUAUAUUACUAGCGUUCUCGAGGCCUGUGAAGUGAGAGGGCCAAGAACACGAUCGUUAUGAUAUACACCGUUUAUAAAAAUUAUUUCAUUUUUCAGUGUGCACAGCCCCUGCCUUAGGGCCUGCCAGCUCGAGUUGGGCAGAGAAGACUGUUACAAAGUGGGUUUCCUGAGCUCCACGUGUGACAGGGUCAGGGACAUGCAAAGAUAGUUCUGCCCUCAGGAACCUUACCUCAUAAGGAGACCGGCCUGUGUGGGACCAGCCACACGGGGAGUGACAAGUGCUCUAGUGGAGGAAGCAGUGCUGUGGUACCACAGGACCCCACAGUGGCCCCAGACUAGCAGGUGUCAGGGCUAGUAGGUUCCUCCCAAGUGGACUCAACAUAGGGACACUGUGACUUCACUUCCUGCCUUGGAGAGCUCAGCCCACCAGGUGGGGCACAAGUGUAGACUGCCCUUUUGUAAUGGCUCUUGGUUUUACCUAUUUUCUACUAAAGCUAGAUCUUAGCCUCUGGAGUGGGGACCAGUUACAAUGGUGCAUCCUGUAAUCAUAGCUAUUCUGAAAGCUGAGCCAGGAGGAUCACAAGUUCAGGUUGGGCAACUCAAAGUAAAAAGUUAAAACUCAGUGUUCCCUGGCUUCAAUCCCCAGUACUAGAGGGUGCGAGAGUGGCUAUGUAAGCCUUUGCCGUAGAUGGCAUAGCACCCCCUUCCCUCCUCAGCAUAGAUGUUGCCUUGUUCCUGCAGCCUCCCCCAGCCCAGGUACCCACCUUUCACCUUCAGAUCUGGCCUCCACCUGCCACUGAGAACUACCUCUUCUCAGAAGCCACCUCCAGCAGUGAGAGGACAGGUGCCAUCUUCCUAGCGCAAAGAUUUAGCUGCACACACAGGACAUGGCAAGCCACCUCUAUAAGACUAGAGUUACAGAGAUAUCAGGAAACCCCUGACUUCAAGCCCUCAGCCCUCCUUGACUUCCAAGGUGCUUCCUGCCUCCCAGGAUCAGUGAUGGAAAAGUCUGAAGGCAGGAAAAAGAUAACCCAGGCCCCAAAGGAGGAAGCGGUUGUACAAGAGGCCACUCUCAAAGAAGAGAAAGCAUCAAGCGGGAAAAGGCCCAACAAGAGACGGGCAGGGGCCAGAAAACACCACAGAGAGCCAACUCUGAGCCCUGAGGAUGAAGCACAUCUCUUUGAUGCCUUUGAUGCCUCGUUUAAAGAUGACUUUGAGGGGGUGCCUGUGUUUGUUCCCUUUCAGAAGAAGAAACCCUAUGAGUGCAGUGAAUGCGGACGGAUAUUUAAGCAUAAGACAGAUCACAUUCGCCAUCAGAGAGUUCACACAGGAGAGAAGCCCUUUAAGUGUGAUGAGUGUGGGAAGACCUUUCGGCACAGCUCUGAUGUCACUAAACACCAGAGAAUUCACACUGGUGAGAAGCCCUUUAAAUGUGGGGAGUGUGGGAAGGCCUUUAACUGCGGCUCCAACCUCCUGAAACACCAGAAAACACACACAGGCGAGAAGCCCUAUGAGUGUGAGGAGUGUGGAAAAGCCUUCGCCUAUAGCUCCUGUCUCAUCCGCCACCGGAAGCGCCACCCAAGGAAGAAGCACUGAGCAGGCAGUGGCCUGUGGCUCUCUGAGUUUGUGCUGAUUCAUUGUGGCUUCUCUCAUUCCUGGAAGCCCCGAGGGUCAUGUACAAUGUACCGGGUGUGCCUCUCGCUGCCUGGCUCUGUCAUCACCAGAAAAAUCCACCUGUCAGGCAUGUGAGCAACUAAGCCAGCCCAGGAAGUCUCUGUACCAAGACACGGUGGUAACACAGAAGCUCCCCAGAUUUGUAGCUCCGCUCAUUUUCUGAGAUAUUCCAUGCCACUCGGGGCUCAGCACCAGAUACACAUGGCACAUGCCCUGGAACAGAACAACACCCAGCAGGAGCAGCACCCACUGCUGGUGAGGGCCCAGUGCCUCCUGCUUCUGCAUAAGCCCUUCUGCCAGCACAUCUAGAGACUCUAGCCUAUGAACAGUCAGCCCCCUGGGUCUCUGAGCCCAGCCUUAUGCAGCUGAGAAAGAGCUAGGGACCUCAAGCUGGAUAGCAGUGCUCUGUGGCCAGCUCAGGGAACUCUGGGUGGCACCAGUUCUCACUCAUCCCUACACCGCUGGCUUCAGUGAUUGUCCUGUGAUUUGUUCUCUGGCUUCUAUCCUUGGGCUGGAUCACCAUUCCCGAACUCAGGCCUUGUCCCCAGAACUGGGCCACAUUGUGUGCCCUCCUGCCCUAGCUGUCAACUCAAAUGAGCAGCCUGACUCACCUGGAUCAUCUCAUCAGACAAGCUCUGUAUGCCCUUGAACACUGCCACCAUGGGAGAUUCCUUCCCCAGACAGGAAGUGGGGCUCAGAGUGCCAUCAGUCCCACCAUUGGCAGCUUUGAUUCACUUGAUCAUCAGACAUAGCAGUGGCCCUGCCCCAUGGUGGCCCUCCACCCAGUUAGGACCGAUUGGACAAGCCCCAGACAUGGAAUACCAUAUUGCCAAAUAUCUGCCCUGUGUUGGGCCACACAGACACCUGCAGCAGUGCAUAGACAGCGGGCGGUGCCACGGCCCUCCAGCAGCUGACUGCUAGCGUGGAUCACCCCAGCAAGAAGCUCUGGUGAGACAUGUGUACAAAGGAACCUCGAAAGCAAUAGGAAAGACCCCCACAAUCCCGCAUUCAAGGAACGGAGAGGACCAGUGUCCAUAUGCAGUUCUUGAGAGGAUGCAGCAGAGAGGCUGCUGGGGACCUGCACCCUGAAUGGCUGUCACCGUGGGGUCAGCUUGGUGGCAGGACAGGGUGAGUGCGAGGAGGCCUUUCAGACACUGUGGGCAACUCCAGGGCCCUUCCUCUGGUUCCCAAACCAACUUUUCCUGAGUGACCAGCAGUCUUUGCUCACUAUCAGCUGGUGCCACUGGAUGGCCCCCAGCACUGGCUUCUGACAUCAAUAAGGCCACUCUGGAGAGGCAAUUAAGAAACCCACUCAGUGUUCACAACCUGCUGGACAUCUGAGAUGUGUCCUAGGGGAAACCUGAGACCCCCUCAACUGAGCAUCAGAGUUCUUGUUGCAGGAAAAUGUUUAACCAAAGCUAGAAACUUCCUGGGAGUAUGAGGUGUCCAAGGCAGCCAGGGCCUCUCACCUGGGCAGCAUGUCCUGAGCCGCAUGUCUAGCAGGCACUGUCCCCUGAGGCCUCAUCCUGCAGGAAGAGCAUGGCCCAGCAGGGCUGCAACUGGGCGUCACUUGCAGAGAGCCUCUGCCAGAGACCAGACUUUGAGUGUCCCUUGAACAAGUGCUCUGUGACCCUCACUUGCAUCUGUUGUCCCUGAAGCCUCAUCCCAGUUGGGCAGGAAGGCAGAAACCAUCUCUUGGGAGAAGCAGGAGGUGAGCAUGUUGGAGAGGGGCACUGUGCCCCAUGGGACCAACAUCUCAGGGACACAAACCCAGCUCCACAAACCUAGUGGCAGGGCCCUUGUCUGCCCUCUGUCUCCUCUUCUGCACAGGGAGGGACAGGGCUGACUAGUGACGUAGACUUGGCCCAGGCUGAGUCCACUCGUUUCCUGGCAGGCUAUGGUCCCAGGGUGCACCUGAGGUUCAUUUCUAGUGACCUUGCCAGUCCCUCCCAAUUUGGGCACCAAGAUAUAAUUGUUCCUGUUCUGUGAGAGUGGGCUGAGACACCAAGACAUGUUGCAGAGGAAGGCAGACCUGGAGGAGGGAGGAGUCUCCUGGCCCAAGGUACACAUGAUUCGUGGCUUCUGGGGACACUCAAAGGAAGAUAGGGUGGACUUCCAGAGGUGGUGUGGACAAGGAGCUGGGCCCCUGUGCCAUUGGUCAACUGCAGGCUGGGAUACUGCUCUCAGCAUCAGCCUGAGCCUUCUAGAACCUGGUGCCUCAAGAGCUUGUUUGCUCUUUACUUGCUUGCUCCUCAGUCACCAGAUGCAUGGUCAGUACACUGAGGACAAACAGAUUUUCCUCACCUUGACCAAACCUUGCUGUAGUGACACCCAGGUUGGCAAUGUUGCACUGCAGAUGGCUCCAGAGAAGGAGCUCUGGGACCUUCAGAGGGUUCCUGGUGCCUCUGACCCCAGCUGCCUGUCCAUCCCUCAUGUCAGCCUCGUUGACAUGAGGUAUUUCCAUCUCUGCACCUCUUCCCUUUCCUGUGGUUCUAGCUCGUGGUGCGGGUGAACCUUUGGCAUGUCCUUACAUCCUCUCAUGGGAUGUGUGUCCUGCUCUUAUUAUGAACCGCAAUGACUAGUGCAUCGUGAACAACCUUUGACAGACAUGGUUGUGGUCUGUGUUGUGGCAGAUACUUUCCUAGUGUGAUGUUUCCCGGUUACAUUGUCCAAAACUUUAACUUUCCACCUCGCCAAAGUUGUUAAACUUCUACUUUCACACAAUAUCUCUAGUCCUUAGUAGUGUCAACACUGGGACAUUCUAUUUGGCAUUGGUGCCACUUUGUAUGUGGUUCCCACAUCCUGUGGAUUGUCGUGCAGGUCCCCACAUUGCCUGUGGCGACCACGGUACUCAUUAGCAGACACUGCCUUUUCCUGCUGCUUAUGUAUAUUUUCUCAGAGUAAAUGUCUAUUUCUAACCUGC